AUGAGUCCUCAGUCUUCGGAUCAACGGCUUCAAGCCAACUUACUUUCCGUCCUCUGCGCCCGCUGUGGCGAGAAAAAGCCGGUGGGUGACUUCAUAGCAAGCGGAACUCUGCUGACAGCACCAAGAACUGUUUGGACUGUCGUAGUCGGUGCAAUUCUCAUAUCCAGAAAUGCAAUCCUGUCGUUGAGGAAGGUCGUUGCGGGGCCUCCCUCGGCAGAGAGACCAGCCUCGAAGAGAACCGAAGGAGAUGCUGACCUUUUGCCUCCUGACAAGAGAUCCGGAACACAGCCCACAUCUCCAGAGAGGCUGCGACAACAACAUACAGCUAGGAUUUUGUUCAGUGAACCAACCAGUCAGCCGCACAUCGUGCUGGGGACGCCUAUUCCAUUAACCCGCAGAAGCUCGGAGCUCUUCAGAUCUCUGGCCCCCUCACCGCCUGUGCAGUCAGACACCCAUUCAAUCGCUUCGCAUUCUGACCCGUCUACUGUCCGGAGCAACGAGGUUAAUUUUGAGCACUCUUAUUCGACUGUGAGGUUUCGCAAAGGCGGGAGGGACUCGCAGGACGUUCCGUCCAAGGCCGAGGCGAGAGCAAAGCGGGCUGUUAUCCAGCGCGACCAUCGUUCACGACGCCGUGCAGGGGAGGCUGUGUCACAAACUCCCACAUUAUCUCAACUCGGCACUUCUGAAGGUUCCGAUGGUCAUGGAGAAGACCGCAGUCAAGGUCGACAGCACCCCGACGAGCAUUUAGGCCGGGGUGAGCUGACCGAGGAGAGGGAUGACAGGGAGCAGUUCUCUGAAUCUGAUAUUGACGUUGAGGACUAUUUCAACCUGCUUCUUUCACCUGCUCGGCCGCAGAGAUUCCUCCAACAAUUGGGGGUAGAGUCUGAUUCCGAGGUGGGGGACGAAGAUGAGGGCGGCAGCGACGAUUGCUUGAAUGCGAGCCCUCUUCGCCGUCGCUCACGGCGGCCCGCCGCGCAGUCAAGGCGUGGUCGCCGUGGUCCUGCCCCUGGUACAGGAGGGCGACCACGAAAAUCUCGAGGGCAAACUCGGUCAUCCAUACCGCCACGACGUAUUCGGAGUCCGGUGAUAAUCCCACCUGAACAAUCAGCUGUUUUUCAUGCGCAAGAUCCGGUGUGGAAUGGCGACCUUGACGCUCCCGCAUUGAGUGACCGCGACAAAGCAACACUCCGCGAGUUCUGGACCAUGCUGGACAAUGAUCAGAUGGAAUACUGCAGGAGAUGCCAAGAAAGUUGGUUUCAGAUGAAGAUCGAUACUGACGGCAUCUGUGGGCGUUGCUAUCGGAAAGACGCGAAACGACGCAACGGCGAGCCGUAUUUCUUCUCUGCAGAUAAUCAGCUCGACUUUGGCCCUGUGCCGGCGCGAUUGCCCCAGCUUACGCCUACCGAAGAGUCGUUGAUUGCUCGUGUUCACGUCCAUGUGAACAUUAUGCUUGUGCGAGGGCAGCAGUACAAGUAUCGGGGCCACGUAGUUCACUUCCUGCGCGAGGUUGGCCUAGUGUAUAACCAGCUGCCUCUUUUACCUCAGGAGCUAAACACGGUAUUACUCCGUCCUGCCAAUACGUCGUCCCACGCAAAGCUUACCCGACAAUUUACGCGCCAGUUCCGUGUACGCCGCCAGCCCGUCACCAUAUGGCUUAACUACCUCUGCCGCCACCAUCCUGGCUAUCGAUGCAUCAUCAUCGAUGAAGAGCGGCUGAAUCAAUUGCCUAAGGAUGGCAAUGUCCUGGAUUCAAUCCCGCAGAGCCAAGUGGAGGCUGCCGAUGUUGGACCCGAGGAUGAUCAUGAAGCGGAACCGGACGUGGAGGACGAGGCUGCGGUGCCAGACCUCUUAGCCAAAGACACGGAGCUCGAUGCUCUGCGGUCUAUUCUCGCCGGAGAACCGGAUGUUGAUCCAGGGCUGGCCACCGUCGGGCCGCAGACGCGGCACGAGUUGCAGCUUCCGAAUAUACGGCGCACGCCAAUUAAUGAGUUCAAUCGCUCUCAUGCGCUACUCUCGUUGGCGUUUCCCUGCCUUUUCCCUGACGGGAUAGCCGACUUUGUUGAGCCUCGGUUACGCUCCAUUGAGUACAAGGACUACGUCGAGCAUGCUAUGCGCUGGCAUGACGGGCGCUUUGCACGUCACCCGACCUUCCGCUUCGUCGCAUUCAAUACUCUGAUACGGUCACAAGCCCGUACACGGUCCAAGUUCUUCGUGAAGCAACGUGAUGGGAUGAAUCAGUCGCUCACGCGGGAGCAACUUAUUCAGGCGCUGGAGCACAGCGAGGACCCCGAGGCACAGGCGCUUAUCAACUCAAUCACAAGACAUGCGGUGUCUAUUCGCGGCACGCGUCCCUUCUGGAAUAGAAAGAGGCAGGACCUCGAGGCAUACGCCUAUAACCUUGGAUGUCCUGGUGCAUUUAUCACAUUCAGCCCGGCAGAUUUACACUGGCGGAGUCUCUACCAACACAUGCCCCGAUACGAUGAAUGGCUGGCUGCGUCCGAGUCGGAGAGGAUGGGUCUCUCACGCCAACUUUUGCGUCAGAAUCCUCAUAUUGCCGCUUUUCACUUCUACCGACGAUACUGCUUCUUCCGAGAUAUCGUGUUAAGCAAGAAGUUCAACAUUACGGAUUAUUGGGAUCGGUAUGAAUGGCAAGGGCGUGGCAGUCCGCACAACCAUGGCCUGUACUGGAUGGGGAAUUGCCCUGGAGUCGACAUGGGGGAUGAAGCGGCUCGAGAUGUAUUCGCACGCACGUGGGGAUUCCACAUAACUGCUAUCAACCCCGAGCCGACUAGAACUGUGCCUCAGGGCGAGGGUAAUCCCCUGAGCGCGGAUCCGAUAAGCACAGAAAUGUCAUUCCUGCGACUCUCACAGAUCGUCAACCGUUGCCAGCGUCACAGGUGCAAUACCACGUACUGCCUGCGUGUGAGGAAGAGAACCGGUGAUCUGGCGAGGGAUAUGGAAGGGGCUGCUGCAGACAUCGAGGCGGCCAAUGCAGCCGAUCCAGAGAGGGAGUGUCGCUUCAACUUCCCCCGUGCUCUGCGGGAGCUGGCCGCAGUCAUCCGGAAGGAAGGCAAGUCAUACUACGUCUUCGAGGCGGCGCGGAAUGACAGCCUCAUGAACCACUUCAAUCCUGCGAUUGUCCUAGGCUGGCUGGCCAAUAUCGACAUAUCCCCAUGCACCAGCUUACAGGCGGUUAUUACAUACGCGGCGAAGUAUUGCAGCAAAUCUGAGAAGAAGACUGAGCCCUACUGUAAGCUCGCAGACCAAGUUUUGCCGCACACGGCACACCUUCAGCCCCUCUUAUCCUUCUCCUCCCGUUUAAUGAAUAAGCUGAUUGCCGAGAGAGAUUACUCGGCGCAGGAGAUUUCCCAUAUGCUGCUUAACAUCCCGCUGCAGGAAGGCACACGAAUGGUGGUCUCAGUGGACUGCCGCCCGUUGGAGCAACAUGCGCGUUCGUAUCGCGUCGACGAAGAUGUCAACGAGACCAUUGGCAAUUACAGAAAAUAUCUUGAGAGAAGUGACCAACAUGAGGACGUGACGUAUCUCGAGUAUCUGCAACUAUACAAUCUCAAGACGUGGAGGAGACUUGCUGCUAACGCGAAGAAGAGGGUCCUGUCUUACUUCCCUCGAUAUAGGUCAAUCAGGUUUCUUCCCAAGGAGUUGUACGCAGUGUGCGGACAACAGUUUGAUUCCUUCGCGGCUGCGUACAAGUUUUGCAGAGAGCACCACGACGCCCAUGCGGACGACCAUUACGGGGAGCCAGAAGCAAAUGAACUGAGGGCAGAGGACGACGAAUUUGAGCUUGAGGUCCAUGAAGAGCCCACAGUGGAAGAGGACUGGCAUGAACUCGCCCACAUGCUUCCCGACCACCCGCUGGAGGAGGAGGAUAUCGACAUGCUUGGCCGCCGAGACAUUGACAUCAAUUAUGAUUGGGCCCCUCACGUUGGACGGUAUACUGAUGACGGUAUUCUCAACGGCGACUACUGGAAGCGACGCAAAGCGGCAAGCCGCCUUGACCUUGAUGUGGAUCAUCAGCCGUUGGAAGCCCGCGAUUCCCUAAAUCGAGACCAGCGCCUAGUGUACGAUACGGUGAUGGCCCACUUCCUUAAUCAGGAACCCUCUCAGGUGCUGCUCCAUGUGGAUGGCGGAGGUGGUACCGGGAAGUCAUACCUCAUUAAUUUGCUCUCCGCGCAUCUUCAAGCCGCUGCUGCUGGGAGAGUGACACCAGUUUGGCGUGCCGCGCCCACUGGCGUCGCGGGAAAUCAGAUCUCGGGCACCACCUUGCAUUCCCUGUUACAUCUCCCAAUCAAUAAGGACUUCAAGCCCCUGUCGCCCGUUGACAAGGCCCAGCUCCAGAAGAAGCUGAAGGACAUCAAGUACCUGAUCAUCGAUGAGAAGAGCAUGCUAGGACUGCGGCAGCUGUCCUGGAUCGAUGACCGUCUGCGCGAGGCGUUCCCGAAUAGGAAUGAGGACUUCUUUGGUGGUCUCAACAUACUGUUGGUUGGCGACUUCUUUCAACUUCCCCCCGUGCUACAGAAGCCGCUUUACUACGACAAGGAGGUGCAGGGAGUAGAGAUCAAAGGCAGAAACGCAUACAGACGCUUUGAUAAAUCGGUCUUCCUGAAGGUUGCCCAGCGGCAACAGGGCGAUGAUCAGGAGGCGUUUCGCACAGCUCUGGGAGAAUUGCGGCUGCUCCAACUAUCGGUGGAGUCCUGGAAGCUCCUUUCCAGCCGGGUACAGGCAAAGCUAGAUGAUCAAGAGGUGGCCAGGUUCGCCAACGCCUUGCGAGUAUACGCCACUAAAGAUCGGGUGAACGAAUAUAACCACUACCACCUUGACCGUCUCGUCCGGCCAGUCAUUCAGGUCAAGGCUAAGAAUGUUGGCCUUGGCGCGUCUGCGGCCCCUGACGACAAGGCGGGCAACCUUGCGAAGCAGAUCCCCAUAUGCAUUGGCGCUCGUCUGAUGCUGACGUCUAACCUUUGGCAGCCAGUUGGCCUCUGCAACGGCGCUCGCGGCACGGUGUACGACAUCGGCUGGGCACCUGGGGCUGACCCCGUUCGAGACCCUCCCUGUGUUAUCAUGAUGGAGUUUGACAAGUAUAACGGACCGGUGUUCCUGACUACCACUGAUGGCAGGAAGAUUGUCCCGAUUCUCCCAGUAGACAGGGACUUCCUCAUCGGAAGCACUCUCUGCACUCGCACUCAGUUUCCCCUGAUCGUGUGCUAUGCCAUUACUGUGCACAAGUCACAAAGCAUCACGGAGGAUAUAAUUGUUACGGAUCUCUCCUGCCGGGACUUUCAGACGGGCUUAAGCUAUGUGGCUGUGUCUCGUGUGAAAACAAUCCAGGGCUUGAUGCUGGAUGCACCGUUUGAUCGUGGUCACCUCUUUUAUGAGUCUUCCCCAGACGGUAUGAAGAUGAAGCUCCGGGACCAAGAACUAAGGAAACGGCAGGUUCUUACGCGGAAUCCCUUUAAGAUAGAGCGUGGUUCUAUACUUGAUCGCCUCAGCCGGCCAGUCAUUCAGGUCAAGGCUAAGAAUAUCGGGUUUGGCGCGGCUGCGGCUCCUGACGACAAAGCGGGCAACCUUGCGAAGCAGAUCCCCAUGUGCAUUGGCGCCCGUCUCAUGCUGACGUCUAACCUUUGGCAGCCAGUUGGCCUCUGCAACGGCGCUCGCGGUACAGUCUACGACAUCGGCUGGGCACCUGGGGCUGAUCCCAUCCAAGACCCUCCCUGCGUCAUCAUGAUGGAGUUUGACAAAUACAGCGGGCCGGUGUUCUUGACCACCGCUGAUGGCAGGAAGAUUGUUCCGAUUCUCCCGGUAGACAGGGACUUCCUCAUUGGAGCCACUCUUUGCACUCGCACCCAGUUCCCCCUGAUCGUAUGCUACGCCAUUACCGUUCACAAGUCACAAAGCAUCACUGAAGAUGUGAUCGUUACGGACCUCUCCUGCCGGGACUUUCAGACUGGUCUCAGCUACGUAGCUGUCUCUCGUGGCAAAACGCUCGCGGGCCUAAUGCUGGAUGCGCCAUUUGAUCGUAAUCAUUUGUUUUAUGAAUCUGCCCCCGAUGGUAUGAAGAUGAAGCUGCGGGACCAAGAGUUUAGGAAACGGCAGGUUCUUACACGGAAUCCCUAUAAGAUAGACCGUGGUUCUGCAUAA